UGCCCACGCGGUGAAGACGCACCUCACCUCGGGCGAGCUCGGAGGGCCAACGCGUGGGCCGACCCGCCUGCCUAGGGCCGGUGGAGGGUCCCUCAGGAGCGACUUACUCUGUCUCCUUCCUCGGCAACAAUGAGCUGCGCGUGUUCCGAGGAACCCCUCCAAUUGAAGACUGUCCCAUCCUGCUCCAGAACCAGCAAUUUCUCUGUUGUGUGAUCAAUGUAGUUCACAGGAACUUCUUAAGUAGUAAACGACAUGAACCACGGGCGUGGAAAAUAUGACUUUUAUAUUGGUCUGGGAUUGGCUAUGAGCUCCAGCAUUUUCAUUGGAGGGAGUUUCAUUUUGAAGAAAAAGGGCCUCCUGCGACUUGCCAGAAAAGGCUCUAUGAGAGCAGGUCAAGGCGGCCAUGCAUAUCUUAAGGAAUGGUUGUGGUGGGCUGGACUCUUAUCAAUGGGAGCUGGUGAGGUGGCCAACUUCGCUGCAUAUGCGUUUGCACCAGCCACAUUAGUGACUCCUUUAGGGGCUCUCAGCGUCCUUGUAAGUGCUAUUCUUUCAUCAUAUUUUCUGAAUGAAAGACUUAAUCUUCAUGGGAAAAUUGGGUGUCUGCUAAGUAUUUUAGGAUCUACAGUUAUGGUCAUUCAUGCUCCAAAAGAAGAAGAGAUAGAGACCCUAAAUGAAAUGUCUCACAAGCUAGGGGACCCAGGUUUUGUGGUCUUUGCCACACUUAUAGUCAUUGUGUCCUUGAUAUUAAUCUUUGUGGUGGGACCUCGCCAUGGACAGACAAACAUCCUUGUGUAUAUAGCAAUCUGUUCUGUGAUUGGAGCAUUUUCCGUCUCCUGUGUGAAAGGCUUGGGCAUCGCCAUCAAAGAACUGUUUGUGGGAAAGCCUGUGCUGCAGCAUCCUCUCACCUGGAUUCUGCUGCUGAGUCUGAUAGUCUGUGUGAGCACACAGAUCAAUUAUUUAAAUAGGGCCCUGGAUAUAUUCAACACUUCAAUCGUGACACCAAUAUAUUAUGUAUUCUUUACAACAUCAGUUUUAAUGUGCUCAGCUAUCCUCUUCAAGGAGUGGGAAGAUAUGCCUGUAGAUGAUGUCAUUGGUACGCUGAGUGGCUUCUUUACAAUCAUUGUGGGAAUAUUCUUGUUGCAUGCCUUUAAAGAUGUCAGUUUUAGUCUGGCAAGCUUGCCUGUGUCUUUUCGGAAAGAUGAAAAAGCAAUGAAUGGCAGUCUCUCUAAUAUGUAUGAAAUUCUUAAUAAUAGUGAAGAAACCUUGUCCUGUGUAAUUGAACAACACACUGGUGAAAAUAUUUCCCGAAGAAAUGGGAGCCUGUCAGCAUUUUAGGAAAUAAAUAAUUUUAAAAAAUUAUAAUUCUGUUAUAAAACGAAUUUGAAUAUCAGAAUUUGUCUGAAAAAGUACUGUCCUCAAAUAAUGUUCUCUAAAGACAAUCUUUUUUAAGAUUUCACUGAUUUGGAAAUUACUUAGCUAAGUAAUAUUGGUAGCUCACUAUAAUGACCUCAUUACAUAACCAAUUUCUAUUUCUAUUAACAUUGUAUUAUUGUAGAGACAUUUUAAACUUUGAUUCCUUUACCAAAAAUCGAAUGCACUAAUGACAAUUUCAAGAGUAUAAAAAUGCUUUAUUUUUUCAUUGGUGAUAACAGCCUGAAUUGUACAUCUGUCAAACCCAUCCUUCAAGUCCUGAUCAUUUUAGACUUUAUGAUUUAUAAAAUAAGUUAUUCCAAUGCAUUGCCCUCUGGUUUACCUUACUUAUAAAAGCUACUCCUGCUGGAUGAACUCUUUGAUGUUGAACUGGUAGUAUAAGGGAACCCUAUGACUAACAGAACACUCUAGACCACAGAAACGUAGGAAAUCACCUCAAACAGGAAACAACCUCACGUUGUUGUAUGGGAUUUCCCAUGUACAUUUGGUUACAUCAGCUGUGUCUUCUAUCGGUUGGAGCUGGAUUGUGUUGCCUGAAAAUUUGUUUUACAUUCUUUUCUGUGUAUUUUCAUAAUGAGUUUUAUGUCAUUUAUGCCUUUUAACAACUCUGGGAAAUGAAGUCAGAAGACUAAAACUACAUAUUUCUUAAAUUUAGUUUAUAAUAAAAAGAAAUUGAAACAAA